AUGAGGGCCCUGGUGCCUCUUCUGUCCCUGUUCCUCCUGGGCACCCAGGCCCAGCAUGGGGCCCAGUGGACCUACUCAGAGGGGGCGCUGGAUGAAGCUCACUGGUCGCUGCACUACCCUGCCUGCGGGGGACAGAAACAGUCACCCAUCGACCUGCAGACGAGGAACGUGAAGUACAACCCGUCCUUGAGGCCGCUCAACCUGACCGGCUACGGCAGCCAGGCCGGCGACUUCUCCAUGACCAACAACGGCCACACGGUCCAGAUCAGCCUGCCCUCAACCAUGCAAGUGACGACCGCGGAUGGCACCCGGUACAUAGCCCAGCAGAUGCAUUUCCACUGGGGUGGCGCAUCCUUGGAGAUCAGCGGCUCCGAGCACACCGUUGAUGGGGUCAGACACGUGAUCGAGAUUCAUGUUGUUCACUACAAUUCUAAGUACAAGAGCUACGACGUCGCCCAAGAUGCCCCAGAUGGUUUGGCUGUACUGGCAGCCUUCAUUGAGGUGAAGGAUUACGCCGAAAACACUUAUUACAACAGCUUCAUUUCUCAUCUGGCCAACAUCAGGUAUCCAGGACAAAACACAACUUUGACCAGCCUUGACAUUAGGGACAUGCUGCCGGCGGACCUCCAGCACUACUACAGCUACCAGGGAUCACUCACCACUCCUCCCUGUACCGAGAACGUCCACUGGUUUGUGUUUGCAGAUUCUGUCAAGCUCUCCAAGGCCCAGGUUUUGAGGCUAGAAAAUUCCUUGUUGGAUCACGAGAACAAGACUAUCCAGAAUGACUAUCGCAGGACCCAGCCCCUGAACCACAGAGUAGUGGAAGCCAACUUCGUGAACCAAGGUAAGGGCCACCGAGCAUUGCAUGGGAAACCCAGUCCAAGAAUACAACCCUCUUCAACACACCACCCCUUGGAUUCUGGAAGCUACAAGCCCAAGGUCAGACACAGUGAAGAAUAUGUUCUAGCCUCUGAGCUCCAGUCUUACCUAAGCAAGAUCAACAACAACCUCUCGUACUUGAGAAGAUUUAUUGAAGAGAAGAAUGUGUACAGAAGAAGAGACCCAGAUGCAGACUCGCCCCAAGGCCCCCAGGUAGUGGGUAAAAGGCCAGGAUUUGAACCCAAGCCUUUUAGGCCACCAGACUAUCUUCUGUUCGCAGAGACGGACAAUGAGCUUGGGGUGACCCUGGCUCUCUCAGCCACCUGGGGCCACCAGGAGAUUCUGCUCUGGCCCCGGGUGGGAGCACAGCUCCAAAUGCAGACGCAUCCGUCUUGUGCGGAGAGUUUCCUGAGGCCCUGCUCUGGCCGGCACCCCCUUCUGCAGGUCAAGGGCACGGUACCCCCACCCAUGAAGUCAUCAGGGCACCCGUCCGAUGCUCGUUUACCAAUGAAGAACCCAGGUGCAAACGCCUGA